AUGGGUGCAGUUGUCAGCAAAGAUCAAUCAGUCAUUACAGCUCUUGAAAAUCAAGAUGCUGGUGAAUUAAGAACAGCCUUAAAAGAUUUAACAACCGAAGAAAUUCGUAAUGUAUGUAAGGCAUAUAUUCCUGAUGAUGAAAACCAAUGUACUGUACUUCAUUACGCAACAUGGCAGGACAAUACCGACCUGCUAGCGCCACUAUUGGAUUAUGUUGAUGAUUUUGAAGUACGUGAUGGUCUUGGUUGGACUCCAUUAAUGACAGCCGUUAACCGAGGUAGUAAACAAAAUGCUAGUAUGUUAUUAGCGCGUGGUGCUCUCAUUGAUUGUGACUGGGCCGGCGGUAUGAGUCUUAUUGCUGAUGCUAUGAAUUACAACGACGUUGAACUUGUGACAAUGCUUAUGGAUCAUGGUGCUCGUGUUAUACCAACGUCUGAAAUGCUUGCUGAUGGUGAAGAUCAAAAUGCAUUUUAUUUAUUGCAUUAUGCUGUUGACGAUGGCCUCUACGAUAUAGCAAAAUUAUUAAUUGAAAAGGGCAGAAUUCCAUUGAAUACAUUGGAUCAAGCAGGUUGGGGUGCCAUUCAUUUAGCUGCAGGACAUAAUAACAUUGAGAUGUUAACAUUACUUAUGGAAAAGGGUGCUGAUAUUAAUAUUAAAGAUAGUCAAGGUAACACUCCAUUAUCAUGGGCAAGAGAAAUGAAUGCUAUUGGAGCUAUUCAGGAAUUAGAAAAACGCGGUGCUUCUGCUGAUAGGGAAUGGCACGGAGAAAAACCAGAAUUGAAAACUCCCGAAGAACGUGCCGAAGAAACAUACCCAGAAGAGGAAUAUACAGAAGAUGUUGAAAGUGAACAAUGGCAAGGCGCAAGUAACGGUAUUGAAUUCGAUCGAUUUGAUAUUGAGGUUGAAGACCCAAAAUUAAAAGCACAGGAAUCCCUCAAUGGCAAAGAUUCCAAUAUGUUUGAUGCACUUCAACAUCAACGUACACUUCCUGCUCAAGCCACAUAUUAA